GUGACACAAUGGAUCCUGGAAACAGAGGAAGAAUUCACUGCAAUGUGAGACUUAUCUGCUCUCUGCUAGUCAUGGGAGCAUUUUGCGUGACUCCUUUCUUCUGCCAGAGUCAAAAUGAUCCACUGGCCCUUGGUCGAGCUGAUCCCCGGUGCUGGGAGUUCUCCUCUGCUGCCUUGCUGGAGAUGAGGAAGCCACGUAUUUCUGACUCUGUCAGUGGCUUUUGGGACUUUAUGAUCUUCCUGAAGUCAUCAGAGAACUUGAAGCAUGGGGCUCUGUUCUGGGACCUGGCCCAGCUCUUCUGGGAUAUCUACGUAGACUGUGUGCUCUCCAGAACCCAUGGCCUAGGGAGGAGGCAACUGGCAGAGGCUGAAGAGAAAAUCACAGCUCUGCAUUCUCGUCUCACAGAGAGAAAGCAAGGGACAUUUUCUCACAAUCAGAGGACACGGGUGCUGAACAAGAAAGAGCUGAUUGAAGACCUUAUAAGCAUCUAUGUGCACAAGAGUGGAUCUGCAUUACUCCAAGGAGUUACUGGGGGGGUAGGGAUAAAGAGGAAACAAUUAGUCUAGUCUGAGAUUUAUCUGUACACUGGAUAGUUUUUUAAACAAUUUUCGUUUGGUUUUGGUUUUGAAUCUUCAUUGGACAGCUGCUGUAGGAGGCGGUAGAGUGUAGCGAUAAGCACUGUACCUGUGCGUUAACUUUCACUUGGGGGACUGUCGUAGCUUUUUUUAAAUGAUGCCCAUGAACUGUCUCUUUAAUAAACUGCAUGAUUUAUACGCAGCUGGCCAUCUUAGCAUGUACAUAAGCUACUGACGUUUUAUCAGAGGGGCUGCUGGGAAGUAAGGUGACUAGUUAUGUGACUGGAUAUAUCCAGGCGGAGCAGGGGCUCGACAUGGACCUCCGCUGAACUCAACAGCUUUUUGCCUGUAUAGAUUUAGUUGCAUGACUGGGACCAAGUAGCUGCACUUGCUCUGUUUUAAUUAUAUUUUGUAUGCAUAUAAGGCACAAACAGUGGCCAAAAUAUUAUCCUAUAUAAAAAGAAAAGGCAGUCAAAAGCAGGACCUCCAAGCUUUAAGCUUCCAUUUUUUUCUUCCAGAGGUUAUUAAAACCCAACCAAACAUUCUCCAUUCCUUGAGAGAACAGAUGUCCUCAAAGUUUACAUUUCAGGAAGAGCAUUCAUAAACAACACUCUCCACACACUAUUUUUUACGAUGUGCAAUGGCAGCUGUUUCCCACUGCUAGCAUCUCAUCCUGCUCCCCUGCAUUCAAUAGCAUUUUAUCUUUGAUUUCCCUGGAGCAGGAGCAGGCCACAAGAAACCAAAAUGAAACAAAAAUCAAAAGAGACAAAUAUAUCCUAAUCUAAAGAAACUCACAUACAAAUGCUUUCUGCGUCUGUUACAGUCAGUGCGCACGGUUACUUUUCAGUUCUCAAGGUUAAGUGGAUAAAAGGGAAGCUAGAGCAAAGUUAAAGGGUCCAGUGCUGUUCUGCGACCCCAGGUAAGUAAAUUGACUUCCCUGUACAGAACCCACCUGACUUUGCCCCUGCAGCUCAGGAUCAGGGUUGGGAUCCCAAAUACUUAUCAUGAAUGGAGAACUCAUAGAUACAUUGUAGGGAACAGGGUAAGUAGGCUCAUUACUAGAGGUGGUUGGAAAAUAGUAAAUAUUUUCCACAAAAAGUUAAAACAAACAAAAUUCUCCUUUCAAAAAUUUUCAUGAAAAGUUCCUAGUUUUUCAACAAAAAUGUAAAAAUUAAAAAAUCCCAAAACGUAUUUACCAAUGCCUUCUCCCUCUCCAAAAAUUGUAUUGGUUUUUCACUGGAAAAAAAUUGGAAAUUUUAACCCAAGUUAAUACUGACAACAUGCAAUUAAUCUU